CACAGAUAACGACAACAAGUAUUUACUAUUGAUGGAGAACUUUAUCCGCGCCCCAAUCCAUCGCUCUUACUGACCGCCUGUGACAUCUCGCUUUGUUUGAUGUACUUAACUCCGUCAUGAAUGACUAAUUCUGCAUCCGAUGUACUUCAUCUCUCUUUCUCACAUGGGCCACACUCUCGUGAAGCAGAUUCGAUCCCAUGAAGCGGCGCAACAACCGAGUUCUGGAGUUUCUGGGCUUCUUUCCGUUUCCUGAUCCUGUGGAAGACGUCGGACCUCCUCCAGAUGGUGGUCAAGGUUGGGUCCAGGUACUUGUAGCCCACCUGGUAUUGUUCAAUACCUGGGGUUACUUUAAUAGUUAUGGACUCUUCAUCGACUACUACGCAUCCGCCUUUCCAGGUACAACGCUAUCCGCUCUAUCGUGGGCUGGAAGCACUCAGAUCUUUCUUUUGCUACUCAUCAGCACGCUCUCUGGUCGUGUAUUUGACGCUGGCUACUAUCGUCUAACAUUACUAGUGGGAAGCAUUCUUCAGGUCGUUGCCAUAUUCAUGACAAGUCUGGCAUCACAGUACUGGCAACUAUUCAUGGCUCAGGGCAUAUGUGGUGGUAUCGGGGCUGGCAUCAUCUAUGUUCCCACCGUCUCGUGCGUUGCGACGUAUUUCGCGAAGAGGCGAGCACUAGCUGUCUCUUUUGCUACUUCGGGAACAGCCACUGGUGGUGUUGUGUUUCCCAUAAUUGCUCAACAACUGCUUCCCAGGAUCGGGUUUGGCUGGACAGUCCGUGUCAUGGGCUUCGUCGUGCUCUUUAACUGCCUAGUUGUAUUUGCUUUGGGAAGACCACGUAUUCCAAGGCGGAGCAGUGGAAAGUUUGUUGAGCUUGAGGCUUGGAAGGAAGCACCAUAUUCUCUGUUCACCGUUGGUGUCUUUCUAUGUUUAUGGGCAGUCUACAUCGGAUACGACUAUAUCAAUAUCUAUGCAUCUUCUGUCCUUGGAGCCCCAGACUCGACAGCACUCGUUAUACUCUUGAUUCUCAACGCAAUGGGUCUUCCCGGUCGCCUUGUCCCGGCCCUGGUAUCUGAUGCCUACCUUGGGCCAUUCCAGACUCUCACGCCUAUAGUAAUAAGCUCUGGUAUCAUGUAUUUUUGCUGGAUAGCAGUCAAGUCGAUCAAAGGUUUAUAUGUUUUCAGCAUCUUCUUUGGCUUGGUCAAUGGAGGAGUUCAAGGCAUGAUCCUAGCAGGAUUACCGAGUCUGACCACAGAUCUCAGCAAGAUGGGCACGCGAUCUGGCAUGGUCCUGACAGUAGUCUCUUUCGCGACCUUGACUGGGCCUCCUCUUGCCGGAGCUCUCAUACACGAAGAUGCAGGUGGCUUCUUAUACCUACAGAUAUGGGGAGGCCUUUCAAUGCUUAUUGGCGCCGGGUUCCUGUUAGCAGCCCGAAGAGCAGCAAGUUCCCGAUCGAAGACUGAGCCAUAACUCUAUCAGUAAUUAUGCGAAUUUCGAAUUCCCCAACUUCGGCCCCUAUUUGUACCAGGGCGCAUGCUGUAUAAUUUUUGCAAACGGUAUGAAAUAUACGCUUCAUGUUCCCCACCGAGCGGCAUUUAUGUGACGCCGAGUUUGAUGCGAGCUUGCUUCCAUUCGAGUCAGAUCACCUGCAACUGGCCUCCCCACU